UUUUUUUACAUUACUGCAGAAAGGUUUCCCAGCUCGUCGAUGACCUUAGUGGCCCGUUCUUUUGGAUAAAAUAAAAGUGAAAAUUUUCGCAUAAAUGUAUAUGUUAAAAUGUAAAUUCAAUAGCGGUGUAAAGCAGACGUACGAAAAUACAUAUAUGAAGCCAAGAAGGCGUACUUAAUCUAUGCAAUUGUACAUUUAUAUCUGUGUUUGUGUUCAAAUCGUGUUCUAUUACGGCAAACGCCCCUUUGAAUGAUAUGCUGUGCUACUUGAGCUAAAGAGCCCAUCAACCACUCUUUGUUCAACAUAUUUUGAAUAAUCUUCAAAAUGGUUUACCCUGAAGAACCUUUUUGGGUCUUACCUACGGUAACCGGAUUUUACGAGGAUAGAGAUUACAGAGUUAAUGUGGUUGAAGCCCUUCAAGAGUUUUGGCAAAUGAAGCAAUCCCGCGGAGCCGAAAUGAAAAACGGGGCUCUAGUAAUUUACGAAUCGAUUCCAGCUAACAGCCAGCCAUACAUCUGUUUCGUAACUCUUCCUGGCGGAAGCUGCUUUGGCAGUUUUCAGAACUGUCCAACUAAGGCAGAGGCCCGCCGCAGUUCGGCCAAGAUUGCCCUGAUGAACUCGGUGUUCAAUGAACACCCUUCGCGCCGCAUCAGCGACGAGUUCAUCCAAAAAGCUGUUCAGGAUGCGCGAACUUCGUUCAAGGGCACAUCGCAGAUCAAUGAGGGCUCAGAGUCCGGAAUAGGAGCCUUUAGAUUCAUGCUGGAAGCAAAUAAGGGAAGAACUAUGCUGGAGUUCCAAGAGCUGAUGACGGUCUUUCAACUGCUCCAUUGGAAUGGGUCCCUUAAAGCUAUGCGCGAGCGCCACUGCUCCAGGCAGGAAGUCGUGGCCCACUAUUCUAACCGGAGCCUGGACGACGAAAUGCGGUCACAGAUGGCCUUGGACUGGAUUGCCAGGGAGCACGACAAUCCCGGGGUUAUCCGCAGGGAACUGGUGCUCGCAGAGAGAGAGCUAGAGACCUUUCGCAUGGCUGGACGUGAAUUGCGUUUUCCGAAGGAAAAGAAGGACAUACUGAUGAUAGCCCACAAUCAACUCGGCGGCAGUGCCCUUAACUCGGCUUCCAUUGAUGAUUAAUCAAGAAAACUAAUAAGCACCUUACACGAUCGAAAUGACCCUUUUAUAGAUAAAUCAUUUAAUUUCACUUUGAGUAACGAUCAAUAUUUAUUUAAUUGGCAUACCAUAUGAUCUCCAUGAUAAAAAACAAGCGGAAAAAUGAUUCAACUUCCCACAAAUACUUCAAAAUUAAAAAAUUAAUUUUAAAAAUCUUUAAAAAUGUGAUUUUUAAAACAGCUGCUAAAAAAAAAUAAGACUAAAACCAAUAAAAUAAACAUAUUAUUUUAACAUUA